GACAAAGAGGCGGUCUCAGCAGUCACCAUUUUAUCAGCUAAGAUUUCCCUUCCAAUGGCAAAACGCUCAGCAUAUUUUUCAUGAGCGUUGAUAAUGUGACCGUUAACUCGUCCGAUUCUUUUUUCCAACUACUGCAAAACUCACUGACUCGCUGAACUCGUCAUGGCUUCGGUUCUCAAGCCACCACCCUACUUUCACCGUAACUGUAUCUCCAUCUCCUCCUCUUCCUCCCCUGUGAUCUUAUCUUCUCCCUUCCAGCGAACGACGUCGCUCCAAGUUCGCUUUUGCGCGUUGAGGACCGGGUCCGACGGGGGAAGAAUCGGGAGCCAGGAAUCUUACGGGGCCGAUAUGCUAAGGAAGCCGAGCAUAUUGCCACCGAAGGACAGUGGUGGAAUUUCGGAAGAAGAAGAGGGCGGUGAGGGCAAAAGAAAGAGAGGUAAUUGGAUUGAUUGGGAAGAUAGAAUUUUAGAGGACACGGUUCCUCUCGUUGGCUUCGUUAGAAUGAUUCUUCAUUCUGGCAAAUAUGAAAGUGGAGAUAGAUUAAGUCCAGAGCAUGAAAAGACGAUUCUCGAUCGGUUGCUUCCAUACCACCCAGAGUGUGAGAAGAAAAUUGGAUGUGGAAUUGAUUAUAUUACAGUUGGUUACCAUCCUGACUUUGAAGGCUCAAGAUGUUUGUUCAUAGUUCGAAAAGAUGGAGAAAUGGUUGACUUUUCUUACUGGAAAUGCAUCAAAGGCCUGAUCAGAAAAAACUAUCCUCUAUAUGCGGACAGCUUCAUUCUCAGACAUUUUCGACGGCGUAGACGGAGUUGAUGAGGGUAAUAUUCUGAACUUGUCAACCACUUUAUGUUAUUAUGUCAGGUUGGUUGCCAUCCUGACUUUGAAGGCUUAAGAUGUUUGUUCAUAGUUUGGAAAGACGGAGAACUGGUUGACUGUUCUUGCUGGAAAUGCAUCAAAGGCCUGAUCAGGAAAAACUAUCCUCUCUAUGUAGACUGCUUUAUUCUCAGACAUUUCUGACAGCAUAGAUGGAGUUGACGAGGUUAAUACUUUGAACUUGUCAACCACUUUAUGUUGUUAUGUUUAGAGGAUUUUUUUUUAAUUUUGUUCUUAUUGUUUGUAAUUUGUCAUAUUAAUGAGCUCAAAUAACAUUGUAGAAAUUAAAAGUAAUUAUUGAAAAAUCUUAAAAUUUGAAUGGUGGGUGUAGUUUCUA